ACAACGAAUAAGUGCAAUAUCAGCAGUGAAAAAAGAGGAGAAACUUACCAAAUUGGCUCUGCUUUACGGCAAAGCGAAGUGAAGACUAUACUACGCCAUGUAAUGGUUUCGUGUCAGUCUUCACAUUCGAUGACGUCAUACCCCCAGCAGAUCGCUGUUCCAUUUGCGGUUUGUAUUUUUGGUGGUUUCGGCGAGAUGCCUUGGCGGCCGUCACCACCAACAAUACAAGAAUAUCGUAUAGAUCAGCAAAUACAAAGAUGGCUUAAGGAUCAGCUGCAGGAUAGCAUAGCUAAUAAAGGAAUGGCAUAGCCUUCACGUCACGCCACGACGAUUCGCCACAACAUCGAAAUAUUUCAAUCAGAAACGACACCGUCAACAUGGAGCAGACGAAACCAAUUGAUGUUUAUCAUCAUGGAAAAGACGUGGUGGAUUUUGCGCCAUUUGAACACAAGCACAUAGGGGAUAAAGUCUGCAUCACAUCCGAAAAUAUGGGCAGACUAAACAGCCUCAAGCUUCCCAAUGGUUUGGUGUUAUCUUUAGGGCAAAUUAUAGCACUAGCGGGAGAUUUCUAUGGUGUACCCACGCAGCCGAUUAUCGAUCCCUCAAAUCAGACUAACGAUGAUCGUUAUAGGCGCUUUAUUGACGCUUACAACUCGCUGGCACGAGAGCCAAAGGAAAAGUUGCAGCCAGAGUUGAACAAACUUUUGGCUGCACUGGAGCACGAGACCCGUAACCUCAAGAGCCUCAAAGAUAAAUUGUGGGAUAAAAUCACUGGGGGUAAAUGGAUUUGGUUUCUGCCGGUCAAACACGGACGCAUGUUGAAGUUAGCUAAAACUAAUCACGACCAUUUUCUUCCCUACGCCAAAGAAGCCUAUCUAACGGGUCACAAGCUGGCAUUGGACAAAGCUAGAGAGGCGAGUGAUAAAACGAACGCUGAAGAAAAGGAGAAUCUGCUACACGAAGCCUUAUCACUAGAUGGGUUUGCCUGCCAUUUCCUGACUGACAGCUUCUCGAGUGGACACAUUCGGACACCGAGAGAUGUCUUGGCAAGGGAAAUUAAUCCACGCAAUCUUGGUCAUUACUUGAGCAAGUGUAUGCACGACGAAGAUGGAAAAAUGGGCCUCCGUGUGGCAAAUAAAAGAGGAGAUGGGUGGGCAGCAUUCGGAGAUGGACUGCUUCUCAAUGAAGAAAACAAACAAAACCUAAAGUUUGUGAUCGAGGCUGUUGGGAAGUCAGUUGACCAAGUGUUUGAAGCUUACAAUUAUCCGAGGAGAGAUCUCAAUACCGCUGUAGUCACCGACAUCAUCCCAAUUCUUGACGAAGAAGAUAAAAAUCAUGCCCCUCUGUUCCAAGUAAAGGAUGGAAAAGUGUAUUCGAGGUCCAUACUAAGCUUCUUUAAGCAGAAGGUCGCGGCUACGAAACGAAAGGAUGCUGUAACAUCUCUCAAGAUGCGAAGUUUAACAUUAUGAAGAGGAAAUCAAUACGGUCAUUUUUAAAAAAAGGGAACUUCAUGAGAAGCAAUAUACGGGUUUGAGUCCCCUCGGCCCUGUUUUGACUUUUUUCGCAGCGAAAGAAGUAAAAUUGUGAUCGAUAACGGUAUUUUAUAAAUACGAAGUAAUUUCCUUUUGUGAAAAAAUUUACUAUUUUGCAAAGUACUUCAUGACUGAGGCUAAUUCACAGGGUAGCCUUCUCUUUAUUACGUAUUCUACAAAAUUAUGUAAUUGUAAUGAUUUUUAUAGCUUUUCUUAAUGACUUAGUUAGGCCUUGAGGAUUUCAAUGAUUUUAGAAAAUAUAAAAUUUUAAAAAAUGUUCAGCUCAAUGACUCCUGAAAAAAAAAACACCCAGGAUAACAGCAGCAGAUUGGGGCGGAAGGGCGUUGCUUAGGGAUAGACCCGCGUAGUGACGAAUAAAUGAUGAAAAAAUGUGGUUCCGGCCUUAAUUUCGCCACUGCACAAGUAGUGUUCAUUACUGCCAAGAUCGCUCUCAUACUUAAUUCGCUUUAAGGACUGUAUCUCACUGACCAAUCCACCUAUCAUACAUAAUUAAACUUAAACCAACGAGAUUACAUCUGCUUUAUAAGAGUAAAAGAAAUAAUAAUUUUUAUUCGUGACAGAUCUCCUUUAGUUUAACAUUCCAGAAAAUAUAAACGAAAAUCGGGCAGAAAAAUGAAGGAGGAGUGCUUAAAAUUAAUCAUAGCGUACCAAUACUGCUAAGAUAGAUCUUCACGUCAAUUACUCCAUCGUCUAGAAUAACCGAUGUUAUGAUGUACUAUGUCAGUUCGUAUACAAAAGCCUCGAGUAUGCAAGAUAUAAAAAAAUUAGAACUGAGCAUAACGUUUGUAGAUUACAUUGGUUUCUCACUAAAGUCUAACAUUUAAGAGUGCUGUAGUAGAUUUCGGGCAUUUAUUCUCUAUUGGCUGUAUUAUUGACCAUUUUAAAGAACUGCAUGCUACAUGUAAGUAAACUUUGAUCAAAUUUGCCAAAAACUGUUCAUCGCAACAUUCUAUGCAAGAAGACAACUACACUAAGGCUGAGUCUGGUAA